AUGGCCGGCAAGUACCAUUGCCGCAGACAACCUCCGGCCGUAUACACCAUUCCUUCACACGUUAUGACGUGCCCACUGGAGGCCACCGCGUUGGGGAACAUUGCCACAUACAUCGGAGGUUGUGGCCGCACUAUCUGGUACUUUCCAUAUUUUUCGCUAACCGGUAGGAAACCACCGCUAUCGGAUACGCCAAUGUAUCCUGAGCCACUCUUCUCAGCGGGUGAUGUGCCGUUGAACGAGACACGCCACCUGCCAAACGCCCGGGUUAUGUCGAAAAUGGACGAAAGAACAACCGGUGCUCGCUUCACCAUCCACGGCAACGGCUCCGUGAAGAUGAAGACACUACCGUUAGCUCGCUGCUGA